AUGAGAGCUUUCGCUGGUGUCGCAUGCGCGCUCGGUCUUGCCGUCUCUGUUGCGCAGGCACAGGCGACCAUCUCCAAUUCGUUGUUCUUCCCUCUGCUGCAAAAUGUGAACACGACAGAGCUGUUUCAUAUGCCGCCAUGCGGCUCUUUCAAGCUGGAAGAGGCGACCAUCGACCAGAUGCAAGCUGCCAUGAAAAAGGGCACCUUGACUUCCCAGCAGCUCGUCAUCUGCUAUCUUGAAAGAGCAUACCAGACCCAAGGAUACAUUAAUUCCAUUCUCGAGUUCAAUCCCGAUGCUCUAUCGAUUGCCCAAUCCCUCGAUCAGGAAAGGAAACAAGGAAAGUUCCGAGGUCCGCUCCAUGGCAUCCCUUUUAUUGUCAAAGACAACAUUGCGUCCAAAGACAAGAUGGACACAACAGCUGGCAGUUGGGCGCUGGUCGGCAGCAUAGUGCCCAGGGACGCUCAUGUAGUUGCGCAGCUUCGUAAUGCUGGCGCCGUCCUGUUCGGCAAAGCCACCUUGAGCGAGUGGGCGGAUAUGCGAAGCAACAACUACUCUGAAGGUUACUCUGGACGUGGCGGCCAAUGCCGAAGCUCCUACAACCUGACCACCAACCCUGGUGGAAGCAGUUCCGGCAGCGCUGUCGCUGUCGCGGCGAACGUCAUCGCAUUUGCCUUGGGCACUGAGACGGACGGCAGUGUCAUUAACCCUGCCGAGCGAAACUCCAUCAUUGGUCUCAAGCCUACUGUGGGUUUGACCUCUCGCGCAGGUGUCAUUCCCGAGAGUGAGCACCAAGAUACGGUGGGUGCUUUUGGCAGGACAGUCCGAGACGCCACGUACGCCUUGGAUGCAAUCUAUGGCGUUGAUCCUCUCGACAACUACACGUCGGCCCAGCAAGGUCACACCCCCAGUGGAGGUUACGUCCAAUUCCUGUCUAAGAAGAACGCCUUGAAGGAUGCGACCUUCGGUCUCCCCUGGAACAGUUUCUGGGUCUACGCCGACGACGAGCAGCAGCAACAGCUCCUUGAGCUCAUCGACCUGAUCAAAGGAGCCGGCGCUACCAUCAUCAACAACACCGAAAUCACAAACUACCAGACCCUUGUCUCACCCGAUGGCUGGAACUGGGACUACGGUUCGACCAGAGGCUACCCUAACGAAUCCGAAUAUACCUACGUCAAGGUGGACUUCUACAACAACAUCAACAAGUACCUUUCGGACCUGACCAACACCCCCAUCAAGACCAUCCAGGACCUCGUCCAGUACAAUUACGACAAUGACGGCACCGAAGGUGGAAACCCGUGGCCUCUGGGCAUUCCAGCAUUCUACUCUGGCCAGGACGGAUUUGAGGCGUCUCUCGCCACAGGGGGUGUCCAAAACGAAACCUACUGGCAAGCCCUGAACUUCUGCCAAAACCAAACCCGCCAGGGCAUCCACGACGCGCUGACCUACAACGGCAAGAAGCUCAACGGGCUUUUGGUCCCCCCGGAUAUCGGUCAGAGCUACGAGAUUGCCGCCCAGGCUGGUUACCCUGUCAUCACGGUCCCUGGGGGCGUUCGUUCCACCAGCGGCAUGCCUUUCGGUCUUGCAAUCAUGCAGACUGCCUGGGCUGAAGCCGAGUUGAUCAAGUGGGCGAGUGCCAUUGAGGAUUUGCAGCUCACUUCCAACACCCCAAGAAAGAGAACACUGCCUACGUGGCGGGGUUAUCUAGAGAGAAACAUCCCAGUUCCUUUCUCAGAUUAA